AUGGAUUUAGAAAAGCCUGCCUUUGCUGCUACUACCACUAGUAGUAUAUCUUCAAACAGUAAACAACCAAUAAGUUCCUUAACCAAACUUUUAUCUGAAUCAAAUUCAAAUCUAAGUAGUCCUCUUGUUUCCAAAAAUCAUUCCACUACAUCGUUACAUAAUCAUCAACUACAACAAGAAAAUAUCGAUGAAGAAGAUCAAUUGGCUUAUGAACAAGAAAAAGAUGACUUACCUCCAUUAUCCAUAAACAUCAAUAAUGGUUCAUCGGCUGCAGCUGAAUCAAAUACUCAAGUGGUUGAUGGCUUUGAUCCAUCUCCUGGAACUUCAACUGGUGCCCCUUUUACUCCAGUAUCUCCUCAAACAAGACCUUUCCAUUCCACUUCAGUAAGUAAUGGAAAUUUUGCUUUUCAAAAUAAAGAACGUCCAUCAGCAGUAACUUCAAAUUCAAGUCCAAGAAUCGUAAGAACAAAUUCAAUAUCUCAUACUUCAUUCUUUGCUACCGGUGGUUAUGGUGGUGAAAGUUUGUCCAUUUCUAUUCCUUAUGGUGCUCCCGGAGGUAGGAAUAGUAGUCAAUUAUCUUCAUCCAUAAAUACUACAAAUUCAACCAAUUCAACCAAUAACAUAACCAAUGUUAGCAAUAUUUCAGGAUCUUCAAGUUUUGUUGAAUCAACUUCUCAUAUACCUAACUUACCAAAUGGUCAACCAAUUCAAUCUAUUCAUAUCCAAUCUCCUCAAGUGACUUCAGGAUCAAUUGAACCAAGAUUCGUUAUUUCAAAACAAAGAGUCGCCCAAGCUCAAGCUGCGCAAGCUGCUCAGGCAGUAUCUUUAAGUUCAUCCCAAAGAUCGGGUUCUCAAUCUGGUUUAUCAUACUUUUUCGCUAAUAAAAAUAAGCCAAAAAGAGAAUCUUCUUCAACUGAUUUAGGAUCAUUCUAUAACAAUUCAUUCCAAGAUCAAGCUAUUGCAAGUUCUCCCAAUUCACUUUCAUCAACCGAAUCAAAUGUAUCAUUCACAACUCAAUCAAGACAUAAUUCAAUGGCUAAUUUAAAGAGAUUCUUUAAAAAAUCCCAAACUCCUAUCCAAACUCCGGCCGUAUCAAACUUAUCAAGCUCAUUAAGAUCAGCUAGUGCCGUUAAUAUCCCAAACAAUAGUGGAUCAAGUACCCCAACUUCAUUUGGUGGUGGUCCAACUAUUUCAGCAUCAGUUUCAAAUGCAUCAUAUUCUCAGUCUCCUGGAACUGGAUUUACCGUUGGUUCAGCAUCAGUUAGUAGGUCAUCAUCUAUCUUACAACAUAAAAUCAGUUAUCAAGAACGUAGACAAUCAGUUCUGACCCUUAUAAAUCCUCAACAACAAUUACCAUUUUCAAAAAGAUAUAGUAAAUUAGGUGAGAAUUUAGGAGCAGGAGCUGGUGGUUCAGUUAGAUUAGUUAAUCGAUUAUCUGAUAAAAAAGUAUUUGCCGUUAAAGAAUUCAGAGCUAAAUAUCAAAAUGAAACAAAACGUGAUUACGCAAAGAAAAUCACCGGUGAAUAUUGUAUUGGUUCUACUUUAAAACAUCCAAAUAUCAUUGAAACUGUUGAAAUCUGUUAUGAAAAUGAAAGAAUUUAUCAAGUUAUGGAAUAUUGUGAUUAUGAUUUAUUCGCUAUUGUGAUGUCCAAUAAAAUGUCUCGCGAAGAAAUCAAUUGUUGUUUUAAACAAAUCUUAUCCGGUAUUCAUUAUUUACAUUCCAUGGGUUUAUCUCAUCGUGAUUUGAAAUUGGAUAAUUGUGUCAUUGAUGUAAGAGGUAUAGUUAAAAUCAUUGAUUUUGGUUCGGCCGUAGUGUUUGCAUAUCCAUUCACUAAAACUUUAAUUGAAGCUCAAGGUAUUGUAGGUUCUGAUCCUUAUUUAGCUCCCGAAGUUUGUGUGUUCAAUAAAUACGAUCCAAGACCGGUUGAUGUAUGGUCAGCCGCUAUAAUUUAUUGUUGUAUGAUGUUAAAGAAAUUCCCUUGGAAAGUACCUAAAUUAUCCGAUAGUAGUUUCAAAUUAUUUGCUACUAGAGGUGAAUACGUUUCUAUUAGUGAAAUGUUAAAGAGAACUCCAGCUGAUGUAGCUUUAUUAAAAGAACAAAAGGAAAAGGAAUCAAAUGAAGAAAACAUAACUCCUCCAGCUGAAUCAAAUGGAAAUACAACUCCAGCUGUAUCAUCACCAUUAAAUAACUUGGAUGAUAUCAAACAAGAAGUUGAUAACGCUUCCAAAGCAGAAACUCCAGAUGGUAAACCUCACACUUCAUCAGAAACCGGUGCGGGUAGAUUAUUAUUAGCCUUACCUGAAGAUUGUCGUCCAUUGAUUGGUAAAAUGGUGGAAUUACCGCCAGCAUGCCGUAUUUCAAUUGAUGAAUGUUUCAAUGAUGAAUGGUUGAAUUCAGUUAGUAUGUGUACUGUCGAUGAAAGAUUCCAUCCUGAAGGCAAUACUUUUGAAGUUAUCAAAUGUGAAGAUCAUGAACAUACUCAAGUUGAUCAAUCUAAAGCUCAUAUUGCUGCCUUUGAAAAGAAAAAGAGAUAA